AUGGCGCAUCCUGACAAUGGGACGAGUUUCAUGAAAGAUCUAUGGCCCGGAAAACUCCACAGCGCUUCACACACGUUUCUGUUGUUCAUCAUUGCGUUGGCGCUUUUUUACACGUUCCUCAAUUGUCUGGCUGUUUCUUUUGAGUGCUGCGAUGAGAGGGGGCGGGAUCAGGUGGCCCCGCCCUCAUGGGUCGCCAAGCCAAUCAACGCAUUCGCAGCUCGUUUAGUCGCUAUCGAGCUCCAUUACUCUACGGUAGCAAUGAGUAUGCUAGACCCACGGCAAUUUCUAAUGCCAACAUUUUGUCUUGAUCCAUCCGCUACAUCACUGCUCAGCCAACAACCUGCACAGAACUCUAGUGGUGGUAAACUGACACAUUCAUUUCGUAUUUCUGACCUUUUGGAAUCGCCAAGUGAAAAAGGCGACACUAGCACCGACAAAGAUCAUUCGACGACAUCACGACCUGAUACUCCGGAAUCCGGCUGCUCGCAAGUCCGGAGUAGUCCGAAUGACACCAGCCCUCUUGGAUCGAAGAAAGCUCGGAAAGCGAGAACGAUCUUCACUGACAAACAACUACAAGAACUUGAAUCAACGUUUGAGAAGCAAAAGUACCUGAGUGUCCAAGAUCGUAUGGAUCUCGCUCAACGCAUGGGCCUAACGGACACACAAGUCAAGACCUGGUACCAAAAUCGAAGGACAAAAUGGAAGCGGCAAGCAACGACCGGCAUGGAACUGCUCAAUGAGGCUGGAAACUUGGCAGCUGUUCAAAAUUUACUUCGCUCUAAUCCCUACUGGGCCGGAUAUGUCGGCCAACUGGGUGGUAUACCGACACCGAUUCCGCUGAUGAUGGGCUUACCGUUAUCAGCCACACUACCAUCACUUCCACAUUCGCUUUCAUUUGUUCUACCGCCGACGUCACAUGUUGGCCCAUCCAAAGAGUCGACACCAGUUGAUGUUGAAGUCACUACGGCAAACUAA